AUGCGUUUCAGCUCACUAUUAUUUAUCACUGGGCUGCCGGCCGCUUUGGCGGCCUUUGGUGUCACAGAAGGCUCGGGAUACAUUGAUGUCGACACCGGAAAUCAACUGGUAUAUCGGGUUUCCACGUCCAGUGGGGAUAUAACCUCAAUUAAAUACAACAGCGUGGAAUACCAAUACUCCAAAAAGUAUACCCAGAUUUCCUCUGGGUUGGAGAGCGCGACGGUUACCUACAAAACGUCUGGAGAAUACAUCACUAUUACUAUCACCACUAAUACGCUUACGCAAUACUACGUCGCAGUAAGCGGUCAGAGUGCGCUGUAUAUCGGAACACACAUCACUGCUGAGCCUUCGGUUGGAGAACUAAGAUUUAUUGCCAGGCUAGAUGCCGACAAACUUACAGGAUCCACUGCAUCGGAUGCCAGGGGAGGAACUGCGAUUGAAGGAAGUGAUGUUUUUACCGUCAGCGGUCAAACCAGGUCGAAGUUCUACUCGUCCGUUCGGUUCAUCGAGGAUCAAGUACACGGAGUCACUGGGAGUGGAGUUGGGGUGUAUAUGGUAAUUCCUGGGAAUGGGUACGAGACGAGCAGCGGGGGGCCUUUCCACCGGGAUAUUGAUAACCAGAAUUCCCCGUCUGAUGAUGGUGCCCAAGAGGUAUACUUCUAUAUGAAUUCCAAUCACGAACAAACCGAGUCCUACCGCACAGGAUUCUUUGGCCCUUAUGCGCUAGUGUUUACAUCUGGCAUCGCACCCUCUUCUUCCCUUGACAUCUCGUUCUUCGAGAACCUUGGUCUGGAGGGGUAUGUCGCGUCUUCUGGACGGGGUAAAGUCAGUGGAACCGUCUCGGGCGUAGCAUCGAGCUUUACAGCGGUUGUGGGUUUAAGUAAUUCAGCGGCCCAGUACUGGGGCGUCGCCUCAGGAGGAGCAUUUUCGAUAUCAGGUGUCAAGACAGGUACAUAUACUGCCACAUUAUACAAGAACGAGUUGGAGGUUGCAACGGGUAGCGUGACCGUUUCGGCUGGAAAAACUGCGACCUUGACUCUGACUUCGACUGAGAGUCUUCCAACUUUAAUUUGGCAGAUUGGUGUCCCCGACGGAACCCCGAGUGGCUUUUUGAACGCCAACAAGUUUGAGACCAUGCACCCGAGCGAUUCGAGGAUGAAUUCCUGGGGACCGGUGACUUAUACAAUCGGCUCUUCGAGUGAAUCAUCGUUUCCUAUGGCGCAGUUCGUGGCCGUCAACAACCCAACGACAAUCAAGUGGACAGCCACGUCCACCCAAACAGGCGCUCGCACCCUACGCAUACGCACUACUUCCUCCUACAAUGGUGGCCGGCCAACCAUUCAAGUCAAUAGCUGGACGUCGAAUACUCCUGCCGCGCCCACUAAGAUUGACUCGAGAGGAGUCACAAGGGGAACUUGGAGGGGUUUGAAUCAGAUGUAUGAAUUAUGGGUGUUGAUCAAGUAG